AUGGUAAUGAGAGGAAGAGAGGAGUUGUGUAGUGGUGAGGUUGUGGUGAUGGAGGUGUCAUGCAUGUGGGUUGUGAGUGUGGCUUGUGUUGCUCUGUUGGUAAUUCGAUCCCUUCUCAAGAAUGCAAAUUGGUGGCUCUAUGAAUGGCGUUUGGGGGUGAAGCAGUACUCUCUUCCCCCUGGUGACUUGGGGUGGCCCAUCAUUGGCAAUAUGUGGUCUUUUCUUCGAGCUUUCAAGUCUGGUCAUCCUGAUUCCUUCAUCUCCUCUUUUGUUUCCAGAUUUGGACGAACUGGAAUGUACAAGGCCUUCAUGUUUGGAAGUCCAAGUGUAAUUGUGAUAACACCAGAAGCAUGUAAGAGAGUUUUAACAGAUGAUGAUAAGUUUACACUUGGUUGGCCUCGUUCUACGGUUGAUCUUAUUGGAAAGAAAUCGUUCAUUGCAAUUUCGUAUGAAGAACAUAAGCGUCUUAGACGUUUGACAUCAUCUUCAAUCAAUGGCUUGGAAGGAUUGUCCCUAUAUUUGAGAUAUAUUGAUGAAAAUGUGCAGAGUUCAUUGGAGAAAUGGGCCAACAUGGGACAAAUUCAGUUUUUAACUGAGCUUCGAAGGCUUACUUUUAAAAUCAUUGUGCAUAUUUUUCUUGGCUCAGAAAGUGACUCUGUUAUGAAAGAUUUGGAAAAGGAAUACACUGCACUUAAUUUGGGAGUCAGAGCCAUGCGAGUUAAUCUUCCAGGAUUUGCAUUCCACAAAGCCUUCAAGGCUAGGAAAAAUCUAGUGGCAAUAUUUCAAUCAAUUGUGGAUGAGCGGAGGAAGCAAAGGAAGGGAAAUUCACCCAAACAAGCCAAAGACAUGAUGGAUGCCUUGAUUGAUGUUGAAGAUGAAAAUGGAAAAAAAUUAAGUGAUGAAGAAAUCAUUGAUGUUAUGAUAAUGUACUUAAAUGCAGGUCAUGAGUCUUCGGGACAUAUUAUGAUGUGGACUACCUUGCUCUUACAAAAGCACCCAGAAUAUUUUCAAAAAGCUAAGGAAGAACAAGAAGAAAUAAUAAAGAAAAGGCCGUCAACACAGAAAGGGUUGAUACUUCAAGAAAUUCGACAAAUGGAGUUUCUGUCUAAGGUGAUUGAUGAAACAAUGCGUGUGAUUACAUUCUCUUUGAUGACUUUUCGAGAGGCAAAAUCAGAUGUGACUAUGAAUGGUUACAUCAUUCCAAAAGGUUGGAAAGUACUUGUCUGGUAUAGAGCUGUUCACCUUGAUGCUGAAAUAUAUCCUAAUCCAAAACAGUUUGAUCCUUACAGGUGGAAUAAUGUAUAUAAGGCUGGAGAAUUCCUUCCCUUUGGAGCAGGAACUAGAUUGUGUCCUGGGAAUGAACUUGCCAAGCUUGAAAUCACUGUUUUCCUUCAUCAUUUUCUUUUGAAUUAUCAGCUUGAACAGUUGAGUCCAAAAUGCCCCGUGAUGUACUUACCACACACAAGGCCCAAGGAUAAUUGCAUGGCAAUAAUCAGAAAAUGUUCCUCUGCUUCGACCUAA